GGUCGCUUUGCUGCCUGGGUGGGCUCCUCGAAGACUCGGUUGACGUUGUUGUUGGAAGUGGAGUGGAAAUUACUUUGUCGUUGCCGAUGGUCCGGUUUGUUUGGGGAUUUAACGUUCACUUGCGCCACGACAACAUGCUCCAAAGUUAAAACGCCGUCCACUUCGUCGAGUGGGGGGAAACAAGACAACGGGAAGGAUGGAGACGUCUGCAAAGGCCCCCGAGGUAAAAAGCAAUUUGGUGUGACUGUAGACGUCCCCUCUGGCUCCCGUGUCCACCGCCCCCACCCCCCUCCAAAUCCCCCCCGUUUUUGUCCUCCCCAUAUUUUGUUUCGUUUUUUUCUCCUCUCUGACUCUGGCCGGACUCCGACCACCACCGUGUGAAUUCAUGAUCACAUAACCGUGGAUAUGGACACGGUCCUGUCCCGCUUUGUCCAGUCCACAGGAGCAGAACCAGGAUUAGCAAGAGACCUGCUAGAGGGCAAGAAUUGGGACCUGAACGCCGCCCUCAGCGACUUUGAGCAGCUGCGACAGGUGCAUGCUGGGAACUUGAUGUACUCCUUCACCCAGGAGAGGACGUACCUGCCCCCGGAAAAAGAGAUGGCCCGCCUCGGACGGCUCAUCCCGCAGAGACAAGACGAAGUGACCCCAACUAAUGAAAAACGUCAGCCGAGAGGGGUCCCGCCCCGCGCCGCCUCCCCCGUGGUGGCUUCCCUGGCUCGCAGUCACGCCUCCGGCCCCGCGGGGGGCAGCGACGAGCAGCUGCUAAACACGCCCGAGUUCACCUUCCAGCUGCCCGACCUCAGCAUGUACCAGGAUGACUUCCGGGUCAACGAGCGGGACCUGAUCGAGAAGUCCAUGAUGGUGGCCCUGGAACACGCCGGCCGUCUGAACUGGUGGACCAAAGUCGUUCCCAACUGUCAGAGUUUGCUGCCCCUGACGACCACGGGAGACGGAAACUGCCUUUUACACGCCGCCUCGCUCGGCAUGUGGGGCUGUCACGACCGCGACCUGUCGCUGCGCAAGGCGCUGCACGAGCAGAUGGAUCACGGCGCCGAGCAGGACGCCCUCAAGCGCCGCUGGAGGUGGCAACUGACCCAGCAGAACAAAGAGUCGGGCCUGGUCUACAGCGAGGAGGAGUGGCAAAAGGAGUGGAAGGAGCUGCUGAAACUGGCCUCCAGCGAGCCCCGAGUCAACUACAGCAACCACGUCAACAACAGGGGGGAGGCGUCAGACGAGCCCGUGUACGAGAGCCUGGAGGAGUUCCACGUCUUCGUCCUGGCGCACGUCCUCAAGCGUCCCAUCGUGGUGGUGGCCGACACCAUGCUGAGGGACUCCGGGGGAGAGGCCUUUGCCCCCAUCCCGUUCGGUGGCAUCUACCUGCCGCUGGAGGUGGCGUCCGCCCGGUGCCACCGCUCGCCGCUGGUGCUGGCCUACGACCAGGCUCACUUCUCGGCGCUGGUGCCCAUGGAGCAGAAGGACGGCUCCGACGAGCGAGCGGUGAUCCCGCUGACCGACUCGGAGCACAAAAUGCUUCCUCUGCACUUUGCCGUGGAUCCGGGAAAAGAUUGGGAGUGGGGCAAGGACGACAGCGACAACAUCAUGCUGGGCAGCGUUGCUUUGUCAUUGGAGGCAAAGCUGCAGAUGUUGCACAGCUACAUGACCGUCAACUGGCUGCCGCUGCCCUGCGAGCAAGCGCCGCUGGCCCAGCCCGAGUCGCCCACGGCGUCGGCCGGAGAGGACGCCCGGACGCCUCCGGACUCCGGCGAGUCGGACAAGGAGUCGGUCAGCAGCAGCUCCAACGGCAACGGCGACGCCGCCCCCGCGGGGCCCACGCUCAACGGUUCCGGGAACCCGGCCAAGAACGACUCGUCCGCCUCGUCCACGUCGUCGGUGGCGGGCGGCGUGCCCAGCGCCGCCCAAAAGAACAAAGCCAAGAAGGAGAAGGAUAAAAAGAGGGCCGAGUCAGUGGCCAACAAGCUGGGCAGCUUCGGCAAGACGCUGGGCAGCAAGCUGAAGAGGAACGUGGGCGGUCUCAUGACGGGCAAGAAGGAGGGCGGGAUCAAAAAGAAGGCCUCCUUCCGGGCCGGGAAGGACGCCAAGGACGGCUCCCCGCCUUCGCCCCGCGUGUCCGAGGACUCCGGCAAGGGCUCCCCCUCGUCGGGCAGCGAGCGCCUCAACGGGACGGCCGGCGGCGCGGAGGGCGAGGUGUACAAGUACAGCGCCGACGUCAAGAUCAGCCUCGGCAUCAUGAAGGCGGCCAUGCAAGGCGAGAGGAGGUUCGUGUUCGCCGGCGUGCUGACCACCGACAACCAGCACCCGCUGCGGGAGCAGAGGAUCCGCCGCUACUUCACCGAGGUGGAGGAGCGCUACCGGGCCGAGCAGGAGCAGCGGCGCGAAGCCGAGCGCAAGGGCGUCCCCUACGCCGUCGGGCCGGAGCUCGCCGAGAACUCGUCGCCCCCGUUCGACCGGCUCAAGACUUCCCUCCUCAGCCCGUCCGUGUACUCCGGCGUGGUCCCCAUCCCGCGGCCCACCCUGACGGACCAGCUGCCCCUUCACUUCCACUACACGGAGACUCGGCGCCAGUUGGCCGGCGGCUCCUACCCGUCGUACGUCACCCUUCCGAGGCACUGCUCCGCCCCUAACGCGCCCAACGCUCAUCGCGAUUCCCCCCAAGGCCCCGCUCCCCUUAAUCCCCCGGCCCCCGCCUGCCGCUCCUCCAACGGCUUCCUGGAGCCCGGUAGCGGACUCCCGCCGGUCCGCCACUACUCCCUGGGCAGCGUGGGCGCUCUCCCCGGCACGCCGUCCGGCCACUGUCGGACCCCCAGCUGCGACUUCUACGGACACCCCGAGACGGGCAACUACUGCUCCUGCUGCUACCGCAAGAAGAAGGAGACGGAGACGGAGCCCGGCGUCCAGAGGUUCUGAUCCGCGUGACGGGUGGCCUUUUUCACUUCAGUUGGGACUCAAUCGGCUACCGCUCCCUGGCUCGGUGCCGAGAAUCCAACGGGGCCGUCUCGGACCCGUGGACCCGAAACUGCGCUUCUGUUCCAUUUUUGCUGCGGGUGUGAAAGUGUGGAAAAAGUCCUGGCCUCCUAGUGGAGAGAAUGUAAAUGACGGGACAGGCGCCUCACGGUGAUACGUGCGGACAGGAGACGGGGACAGACGGGCGGGUUGUCGUCUCCGCAAGGUUCUGGCGAGCCCUUUGAGCGGGCGUGUCUGCAAAAGCGCCGCUGGGGAGAAGGCCGACGGCUGCUCGACUUGUCUUUAGUUGCGUUAAAAACCUCGUUCGGGAAACCUUUUGGAAUAAAUGCUCCAAAGAUAUUGUGGAAAGUUGAGCAUUUUGUUCAAUUUCCUUGAUAUCCUGCCGAGGUUUAUGCUAAAAGGCAAAAAAGUGUCGCUGUAUGGAAAAAUAAUGUUACAGUAAGUUCUACCGGUGCCUGAGCAUUCUGCUAGUGUGCUGGACCGUCUGACCGGGACAAAAUACGUACGACUCGAAGAUAAACGUCAAGGAUAUUAAAUCAUUACUCAAACGGCUUUCCAUCCAACAGUUGAGUUUUUCCACUACUGCGUGUGUACGAAAAGGUCUCAAACCCGAACACGGAAAUGACGACGACGACGACGACUCUGCACCGAUUGCACUUGGUGCCGAGUCCCGCCGGACCGGACCUCUGGGUUGGUAGUUGCGCCGGGUCACCGUCACGUGAGGGGUGUCCAACGGGUUGAAGGCCUUCUCCCAGGACGCAAUUCCGGUCGCUUGCGACUAACCCACGCCCCCCAAAAAAAUCCAAAUGUCGGCCUACGGUCCAUCUGGCGGCCUGAUGGACUCGUAGCCGACCCGUCGAUUGCAACGGUGGACGUUCGGUUUGAGCAAUCCCGGCCCCUCGUCACGUGCACAUCGAGGCGGGUUCUGGCGAGCUGGCUUCCCGUUUGCCGUCUGUGUUUUGCUUUUUCCACGGCAGUCGCCGCGAUGCACUCCGCAUCGCACCCGAAUGAGCGCUUUGCACGAGUUCCAGGAUCCGCAGCUCCUUUGCUUUGACGCGUCGGCCUACGACCCCGGACUCCGCUUUUUCCGAGCGUCUGCCCGUUGCGGCUUCCCGACCGGCAUUUUGCGGCGGUUCCGCUCCAAAAGCCAGAUCCCCCCCCCCAAGAAACGGUGAACAUUUCUGUAAUGAUUCUGAAAAUAUCAGUCGGUUAAAUAAAAUUUGGGCUCAUUCCUCUUUGAGUCCUCCUCAAAGACGAGGACGUCCCUCGCAGAUACUGGAAAGUCCGACCGGCCCAUUUGGUGGAUCGACAUCGAAGCACUGAAACCGAGCGUCUCAGUUCUGGAGUGGCGAGCGCGACCCCCUCCGAGGCUUGCUGUGUUUUGUUUUGUUUUUUUUUAUUUGUUUUGUUCUAUUUAUUUAUGUAUUUGAUUUGAUCUGACCUGAAAGUUCCGCGGCGAUUUCGGCCACACAAACGCGAGCACUUUUACCGGCUUUCCGCCGCUGGAAGGCUCCGCCCCCCGAGGCUCCCGAGCUCCUCCCGCUGUAAGAUUACCGCCCGGGUCGAGUGUUCCGUUCGAACAUUUAUUCUAGAUCCUCGGCGUGCAUGUUUAGCUGCACACACUAGGACGCUCUCGUCGUCACUAUUCAUCGCACUAGUGGAACGACGACGUCCGAACAAUAACGUUUUUUUGCGCCGCUUUACUAGUUUGCCAAUGAUGUUAGGAGUAAGCAAGAACCACUAGUGAGCAUUUUGAUGCUACUGGGAGAGUCCAGGAGGCCGCUGCUGCAGUGAAGUGUCUUACGGGUGAUAGCAAAGAGUACUAGUAUUCAAACAGCAUUGUGGGAAGCUCUUUGUCUAUUGAUUCGAUGUCUUUAAUAUACAUCUUAAAGAUGUAUGUACUAGUAGACGAGUAACACAAUUCAGCCAGCACACUAGUAGAGUGACUAGCUUGUACUAAUAAUAGGACAACUUUCUCCCCACUCAUGUAUGAGAAAUCUUUACACUGGUGGCUAUGGGUGUGCUAUUAGUGCUACUAGUGAAUCGUUAAAUGUUAACUCAUUUAAUUGUAUGGCGCUAGUCGUACAAAUAGCCCACCAUUGCGGAAUAUUUAGUGUAGUCUGACGUGUGUCUUGCUACUGGAGUGCCGAAUUUGGCAACCAAGCGCAGACCAAACGAGCACUAGUACACGAACGUUCAGCUGGAUUUCCUCGAUGUGGAAUAAAAGGCUUUUAUUCCAGAUCAGGGAUAGAAUAAGUGCUCAGAGGGCUUCAUGGAACUAGUAUGCCAAAUGUUGUCCUACUAGUCAGCACAAAGAAGGUACUACUAUCUUCAUAAGUGGACUACUGCUACUUUUGGUGUGAGCCUGUGAGAUUUGAAAGCACAAAAAAAAAAAAAAGGGCGCGCACGCGGUUCACUGCCACGCACGGCGGGCGAGCGACGACGACGUCGAUUGGUUGCGGACGAUUUAAAGCGACAGUACGCCCGCGUUUCAAAAAAAAGAAGAAAAAAACCGCGUUUGCUGUGUCUUGUGUGUGUUUUGUUAACCCUGCACUAGAGUUUGAAUCGCUCACGGGGGGGGGGGGGGGGGGACGAAAGCCCGUUUGUGCUCUUUGUUUUUGUGAAAACUCCAAAGAAAGCGCAGACGUCGGAAGGACUUUGCGGGCUUGUUGUUUAUUUAAGUCGGAAGGCGACAGAGCGCAUGUGUGCUUAUUUUUGUAAGGCCCAAAGUUUUCCAGUCUUUAUAAAAAAUAAAAAAAAUGGUAAAAGAAAAUCAUUUGUUGGCUCCUAUCGAGUGGUACAAAGAGCAGAGAGCAAUUUCAAAAUAUAUAUUUAUAACCAGAUCUCUUUAAAUAGCUUUCCUUAGGGUGUUUGUACAUUUUUUUCGUUUUGUUUGUCUCGUUCUCUACCUUCUUCAACCCUCUCCCCCACUUUCAAUGGCAUUUUUUUUCCCCUGCAGUCAGACAAAAACAAAAGUGGCUGCAAAUCGGUUCUAUUUUUCUACAGCAGAAUGGACAAACUGCGAGGGAGGGGACGGCGACCCGACGUUAACCAAACGUGUGCAUUAUUUUUAACAAGGUUUUUGUUGUUGUUUUGAAAAUAAUGUUAUUGUUUAAUGCUUUUGAAAGAGCCCCCACCCUCACGAAGGAUGCCGAGCAUGGACGGGGGGGGGGGGGAGACAACCUAUUUUGUUGCUGUUCUUAUUUUUGUUUUCUUUU